AUGUCAAACCCAAUCCGAUAUGCCAAUGUCCCCAGCCAACCAGAUUAUUCAGGAUUACAGGUAGCCCCCAACCCUGUUGAAUCGUCGCCCGAGGUCGUCUCUGGUGAGGAAAAGAUCAUCUACAGCUAUGAGGCUUUGAAACAUGAUGAUACGCUGUAUAGCCCCAAGAAAGAGCUGCCUCUAGCGCCGGAUCAUCCACCCGCGACGACACCCACGACGGCGCCCACGACGAAAGACAAGAAGAGAUGGCCUCGCAAGUAUUACAUCAUUGGCGCCAUCGCCGUUGUGAUUGUCAUUCUUUCUGCAACGCUCGGCGUCUCUCAGCUGUUGCCUGGGCGACUUUUGACUUCUGACGGGGGAUUUGUCCGGUACGCCGUCUACAAUGCUCCCAGGAAUGGAUCGCUGGCAUACUCCAUGUCCACGGGAUCAGGCGCUCCGGAUGACUCCAAGUGGGAAAAGGCGAUGAGCCUCAAGCCUCAAUACCCAGCGGCAAACGGCACACCCAUCGCCAUCAGCCAGCUUCGCCAAUAUGCUGGCGACGUGACUUACCAAUUGGAAGUGUUCUAUCUCAACAAGACCAACCGAAUAAACGGCGAGAACCACAACCGAGCCAAAGGUUGGGGCCACGAUGGCAUAAACGAGAAGGGCUUCACCGCGCUGCCGGAGAGCGACCUGUCCGCCUACUGGCCCUACCUCGUCUACCAAUCCCGCGAGGUGUCUCUGCAGAUGGUCAUCUGGACUGGCAAGUUCGACUCGAGCGACCUGUCGAUCCGGCCGGCACGUGGAUCUCAGCUGGGGCUGGUGCCGACGACGAGGAACUACACGAAGAUGGCCACUCAUGGGCGGAUAGGUCUCUUUUACCAAGAUGAGGCUAGCAAAUUGAUAGCAUUCGAAAAUUCACUGAAAACCAAGAUCCCCGAAGGCGAUAAAGAUGCCAAUGUCACCGAUGUUGUGUGGAAUUCAACCUUUCCGGACAUCCGCCUUCCCAAUACCGGCCACUUCACCGUAUUCUCAGUCGCCUCAGACAGCAACAAGACGGCCGAUACGGUGGACACUUUGGUUCUAUAUGGAGAUGAUUCGCAAAAGAUUCAGCAAGUGUGGAGGAACGGAACAGAGAACACAUGGGAGACUUCGACGCCGGAUGCGUUUCAGGAUAUUGACGAGUGGUCCAAGAUAGCAUGCGUGACGCCGCCGAUGUGGACAAAUGCCGAGGAGCAGAUGAGGCUGGCCUUUGCGUCCGACCUGACGCGAUGCUUCUUCCAGGGCAGCGGUCGUCUAAUGGAGGUGCAAUUUGAUGGGGCGGCGUGGAAGGCCCCGAAGGAGGUGCCACUUACUUAA